CGCCCAGUCGUCAAACAUGCCAUCUGGCGGAAACGAUGCGUUCUACAGUGACGGUAAUCAGCUCGAACAGGGGUUGCGAUAACAGGAAAUAAUGGAACACAUGUCGGACGCGGGUCUCCUUCACGCUGUGUAACAGCGAGCAGCCCGCUAGCUGCCUUUAGGCGAUACAGCUUUCAGUUUCUGUGCUCGCAUUGAACACGCCUUUUACACACACCGGACGGAAACGAACACACACCAAACAAAGCACACACGGCGAGAUGCACUAUUACCGCUAUGAGAGUGAAGCUGCUGAGGUCAGCUGCUGCUACAAAUACAUGAUGUUCAGCUACAACAUCAUCUUCUGGUUGGCGGGCGUGGCGUUUAUUGGAAUUGGCUUCUGGGCCUGGAGUGAGAAGGGGGUGCUGUUGGACCUGACACAGGUGACCCGGCUCCAUGGCUUUGACCCGGUGUGGUUGGUGCUGGCGGUGGGCGUGGUUGCUUUCAUCCUUGGCUUCGCAGGCUGUGUGGGGGCACUGAGGGAGAACAUCUGCCUGCUGAAGUUUUUCUCAGGUCUGAUCUGCGUCAUCCUCUUCCUGGAGCUGACUGUGGCUGUGCUGGCAUUCGUCUUUAAGGACCAGGUGCGGGAGUGGAUCAACGACUUCUUCCUGGUCAACAUCAAAGCCUACAGAGAUGACAUCGACCUGCAGAACCUCAUGGACUCACUGCAGAGACUGAAUCAAUGCUGUGGUGCAGAGGAUCCAGAUGACUGGGACAUGAAUGUGUACUUCAACUGCAGCAAAGACAACCCCAGCAGAGAGCGCUGUGGAGUCCCCUUCUCCUGCUGCCUCAGUGACCCUGCUGAUAAUGUGGUUAACACACAGUGUGGCUAUGAUGUCAGAGUAAAGGGGGAGGACCAGAGUAAGGUCAUCUACACCCGCGGCUGCAUCAAGGCCAUGGAGCAGUGGCUGCCCAGGAACAUCUACAUAGUGGCGGGAGUCUUCAUCGCCAUCUCCCUGCUGCAGAUGGUGGGGCUGUACCUGGCUCGAAAUCUGGUGGACGAAAUCCGAAAGGUCCGCUACCACUACUGAGGCGGGGCUCCAACCACGAGGGCGUGGUCUGGACUCCUCCAACUGCUUACAUCAUCAUCAAGCCUGCUUACAUCGGAGCCAUGAGACGACCCUCACCACAUGUGUGUGUACAGACAUUCUUAAUGUGUGCUUGUGUGUCUGUGUGUGUGUGUGCGUGCGUGUAUGUGUUUUAUACUCUCAUCAUCAGAUAGGAAGUGAUGCCUGAUGUUCUGCUUUGUUGUGGGUGAAAGAGUCCCAGCAUGCACUGCAGGUCCAGCCCUUCCCCCAGGUCCCUUCAGGGUGCCAUACUGUUCCCAGCAGCAGGCCUGUAGCUCUGCUCCUCCUGGGUCCUGCCUUAUGCUCACAGACUGAGAGCCUUUUCGU